CGAUACUACCUCUUUUCUCCUUGAUGAGGAAGAGUCGCGGAAGCGGUAGAAGAUUUUCCUGACGGCUCAGCAAGCGACCCAUCAAGUCAGAUAAAACUACCCGGCUAACCAGCGUUUUAAGCAGCUUUACAGGUCGGAUAGACACCCGGACUGAAGGAUCACGAUGACAGCCGCGCCUUACAACUACUCUUACAUCUUCAAAUACAUCAUCAUCGGUGAUAUGGGAGUCGGGAAGUCGUGUCUGCUGCAUCAGUUCACAGAGAAGAAGUUCAUGGCAGACUGUCCUCACACCAUCGGGGUGGAGUUUGGGACGAGGAUCAUGGAGGUCCACGGGCAGAAGGUGAAGCUGCAGAUCUGGGACACGGCGGGUCAGGAGCGGUUCAGGGCCGUCACCAGGUCCUACUACAGGGGGGCCGCCGGGGCCCUCAUGGUCUACGACAUCACCAGGAGAAGUACCUACAAUCACCUGAGCAGCUGGCUGACGGACGCCAGGAACCUGACCAACCCAAACACGGUGAUUAUUCUGAUCGGCAACAAGGCCGACCUGGAGGCUCAGAGAGACGUGACGUACGAGGAGGCCAAACAGUUUGCCGAGGAGAACGGUUUGCUGUUUCUGGAGGCCAGCGCCAAGACAGGCGAGAACGUGGAGGAGGCCUUCCUGGAGGCAGCGAAGAGGAUCUACCAAAACAUUCAAGAUGGCAGCCUGGACCUGAACGCCGCCGAGUCGGGAGUCCAGCACAAACCUUCGACGCUGCAGGGGGGACGCCCCAAUGCCGACAACCAGCCGGCGAAGGAAGGCUGCAGCUGUUAACCUUGGACAGAAAGUACAAACGCAUCGAACAGACCGACACACAGACUCCGCCGGGCACUAACACUCACACCCAGAA